CCGGUGACCUAUGAGGAGGUGGCCGUGCAUUUCUCGGAGGAGGAGUGGGCUCUGCUGGAUCCAGGCCAGAGGACUCUGCACAAAGAAGUCAUGGAGGAGAAUCGUGGGAUCCUGGCCUCUCUGGGUGAUCACAGGGAGAGCAAGAAAAAUGGCCCACACCAGAGAAGGAAAACUGAAACUGAAGAGAAAAGGAGAAACGAAUCCAUUUCUUUUGAAGGAUCAGACGUCUGUGUAACUCCAAUACUAGAAGCAACAAGUAAAAAGAACAUUUGUAAAAGGAAGAAACAAAGUAAAACUCAGAAGAUUCAUUCUAACAAAUAUCAAAGGUUUCAGUGCUUAGUGUGUGAAAAACAAUUCUCUUUCAACUCACAACUUAAGCUUCAUCAAGGAAUUCACACUGGGGAGAAGCCCUAUAAUUGCAUAGAGUGUGGAAAGACCUUUGCACACAGCAGCAGCUUUAAGCUGCAUCAAGGAAUUCACACUGGGGAGAAGCCCUAUAAAUGCUUUGAGUGUGGGAAGACCUUUGCUCAGAGCACCAGCCUUAAGCUGCAUCAAAGAAUUCACACUGGGGAGAAGCCCUAUAAAUGCUUAAACUGUGGGAAGAACUUUGCUUGGAGCUCAAGCCUUAAGCUGCAUCAAGGAAUUCACACUGGGGAGAAGCCCUAUAAAUGCUUUGAGUGUGGGAAGACCUUUGCUCAGAGCACAAACCUUAAGCGGCAUCAAGUAAUUCACACUGGAGAGAAGCCCUAUAAAUGCUUAGAAUGCGGGAAGACCUUUGCACACAGCACCAACCUUAAGCUGCAUCAAAGAAUUCACACUGGGGAGAAGCCCUAUAAAUGCUUAGAAUGCGGAAAGAGCUUUGCUCACAGCGCCAGCCUUAAGCUGCAUCAAGGAAUUCACACUGGGGAGAAGCCCUUUAAAUGCUUAAACUGUGGGAAAAACUUUGCUCAGAGCUCAAGCCUUAAGGAGCAUCAACGAAUUCACACUGAGGAGAAGCCCUAUAAAUGCUUAGAAUGCGGGAAGACCUUUGCACACAGCACCAGCCUUAAGCGGCAUCAAGUAAUUCACACUGGAGAGAAGCCCUAUAAAUGCUUAGAAUGCAGGAAGACCUUUGCACGCAGCACCAGCCUUAAGCUGCAUCAAGGAAUUCACACUGGGGAGAAGCCCUAUAAUUGCAUAGAGUGUGGGAAGACCUUUGCACACAGCAGCAGAUUUAAGCUGCAUCAACGAAUUCACACUGGGGAGAAGCCCUAUAAAUGCUUAAACUGUGGGAAAAACUUUGCUCGGAGCUCAAACCUUAAGGAGCAUCAACGAAUUCACACUGAGGAGAAGCCCUAUAAAUGCUUUGAGUGUGGGAAGACCUUUGCUCAGAGCACACACCUUAAGCGGCAUCAAGUAAUUCACACUGGAGAGAAGCCCUAUAAAUGCUUAGAAUGCGGGAAGACCUUUGCACACAGCACCAGCCUUAAGGAGCAUCAACGAAUUCACACUGGGGAGAAGCCCUAUAAUUGCAUAGAGUGUGGGAAGACCUUUGCUCAGAGCACACACCUUACGCUGCAUCAAAGAAUUCACACUGGGGAGAAGCCCUAUAAAUGUUUAGAGUGCGGGAAGACGUUUGCUCAGAGCACAUACCUUAAGCAGCAUCAAAGAAUUCACACUGGGGAGAAGCCCUAUAAAUGUUUAGAGUGCGGGAAGAGGUUUGCCCGCAGCGCUAGCUUUUAUCUGCAUCAAAGAAUUCACACUGGGGAGAAGCCCUAUAAAUGUUUAGAGUGUGGGAAGUGCUUUGCUCAGAGCACAUACCUUAAGCUGCAUCAAAGAAUUCACACUGGGGAGAAGCCCUAUAAAUGUUUAGAGUGCGGGAAGAGCUUUGCUCAAAAUGCAAGCUUUUAUAUGCAUCAAAGAAUUCACACUGGGGAGAAGCCCUAUAAAUGCUUUGAGUGCGGGAAGAGCUUUGUUCUGAGCUCACAACUUAAGCGGCAUCAAGGAAUUCACACUGGGGAGAAGCCCUAUAAAUGCUUAGAGUGCGGGAUGACCUUUGCUCUGAGCUCACAACUUAAGCGGCAUCAAGGAAUUCACACUGGGGAGAAGCCCUAUAAAUGCUUAGAGUGCGGGAAGACCUUUGCUCUGAGCACACGUCUUAAGCGACAUCAAGGAAUUCACACUGGGGAGAAGCCCUAUGAAUGCUUAGAGUGCGGGACGACCUUUACUCGGAGCACAAACCUUAAGCAGCAUCAAAGAAUUCACACUGGGGAGAAGCCCUAUAAAUGCUUAGAAUGCGGGAAGAACUUUGCUCGGAGCACACAGCUUAAGCAUCAUCAACCAAUUCACACUGGGGAGAAGCCCAAUAAAUGCUUUGAGUGCGGGAAGACCUUUGCUCAGAGCACACAGCUUAAGCUUCAUCAACGAAUUCACACUGGGGAGAAGCCCUAUAAAUGCUUUGAGUGCGGGAAGACCUUUGUUCAGAGCACACACCUUAAGCGGCAUCAAGUAAUUCACACUGGAGAGAAGCCCUAUAAAUGCUUAGAAUGCGGGAAGACCUUUGCUCGGGCCACACAGCUUAAACAACAUCAAGGAAUUCACACUGGGGAGGAGCCCUAUAAAUGCUUAGAAUGCGGGAAGAGCUUUGCUCGGAGCACCCAGCUUAAGCAGCAUCAAGGAAUUCACACUGGGGAGGAGCCCUAUAAAUGCUUUGAAUGCGGGAAGAGUUUUGCUCACAGCAGCAGCCUUAAGCUGCAUCAAAGAAUUCACACUGGGGAGAACCCCUAUAAAUGCAUAGAGUGUGGGAAGACCUUUGCAUACAGCAGCAGCUUUAAGCUGCAUCUAGGAACUCACACUGGGGAGAAGCCCUAUACAUGCUUAGAAUGUGGGAAGAGCUUUUUUUUGAGCUCACACCUUAAGCAGCAUCAAAGAAUUCACACUGGGGAGAAGCCCUAUAAAUGCUUAGAAUGUGGCAAGAGCUUUGCUCACAGCACACCCCUUAAGAAUCAUCAAAGAAUUCACACUGGGGAGAAGCCCUAUAAAUGUUUAGAGUGUGGGAAGACCUUUGCUCAGAGCACACAACUUAAGCUGCAUCAAAGAAUUCACACUGGGGAGAAGCCCUAUAAAUGCUUCGAAUGUGGGAAGAGCUUUGCUCACAGCAGCAGCCUUAAGCAGCAUCAAAGAAUUCACACUGGGGAGAAGCCCUAUAAAUGCUUAAACUGUGGGAAAAACUUUGCUCAGAGCUCAAGCCUUAAGGGGCAUCAACGAAUUCACACUGAGGAGAAGCCCUAUAAAUGCUUUGAGUGUGGGAAGACCUUUGCUCGGAGCACACACCUUAAGCGGCAUCAAGUAAUUCACACUGGAGAGAAGUAGUUUCAGUGCUUAGUGUGUGAAAAACAAUUCUCUUUCAACUCACAACUUAAGCAGCAUCAAAGAAUUCACACUGGGGAGAAGCCCUAUAAUUGCAUAGAGUGUGGGAAGACCUUUGCACACAGCGGCAGCUUUAAGCUGCAUCAAGGAAUUCACACUGGGGAGAAGCCCUAUAAAUGCUUUGAGUGUGGAAAGACCUUUGCUCAGAGCACACACCUUAAGCGGCAUCAAGUAAUUCACACUGGAGAGAAGCCCUAUAAAUGCUUAGAAUGCGGGAAGACCUUUGCACACAGCACCAGCCUUAAGCUGCAUCAAAGAAUUCACACUGGGGAGAAGCCCUAUAAAUGCUUAGAAUGCGGAAAGAGCUUUGCUCACAGCACCAGCCUUAAGCUGCAUCAAGGAAUUCACACUGGGGAGAAGCCCUUUAAAUGCUUAAACUGUGGGAAAAACUUUGCUCAGAGCUCAAGCCUUAAGGAGCAUCAACGAAUUCACACUGAGGAGAAGCCCUAUAAAUGCUUUGAGUGUGGGAAGACCUUUGCUAAGAGCACACACCUUAAGCAGCAUCAAGUAAUUCACACUGGAGAGAAGCCCUAUAAAUGCUUAGAAUGCAGGAAGACCUUUGCACACAGCACCAGCCUUAAGCUGCAUCAAAGAAUUCAUACUGGGGAGAAGCCCUAUAAAUGCUUUGAGUGUGGGAAGACCUUUGCUAAGAGCACACACCUUAAGCUGCAUCAAGUAAUUCACACUGGAGAGAAGCCCUAUAAAUGCUUAGAAUGCAGGAAGACCUUUGCACACAGCACCAGCCUUAAGCUGCAUCAAAGAAUUCACACUGGGGAGAAGCCCUAUAAUUGCAUAGAGUGUGGGAAGACCUUUGCACACAGAAGCAGCUUUAAGCUGCAUCAAGGAAUUCACACUGGGGAGAAGCCCUAUAAAUGCUUAAACUGUGGGAAAAACUUUGCUCGGUGCUCAAGCCUUAAGGAGCAUCAACGAAUUCACACUGAGGAGAAGCCCUAUAAAUGCUUUGAGUGUGGGAAGACCUUUGCUCAGAGCGCACACCUUAAGCGGCAUCAAGUAAUUCACACUGGAGAGAAGCCCUAUAAAUGCUUAGAAUGCGGGAAGACCUUUGCACACAGCACCAGCCUUAAGGAGCAUCAACGAAUUCACACUGGGGAGAAGCCCUAUAAUUGCAUAGAGUGUGGGAAGACCUUUGCACACAGCACCAGCUUUAAGCUGCAUCAAGGAAUUCACACUGGGGAGAAGCCCUAUAAAUGCUUAAACUGUGGGAAGAACUUUGCUCGGAGCUCAAGCCUUAAGCAGCAUCAAAGAAUUCACACUGGGGAGAAGCCCUAUAAAUGCUUAAACUGUGGGAAGAACUUUGCUCGGAGCUCAAGCCUUAAACAGCAUCAAAGAAUUCACACUGGAGAGAAGUAGUUUCAAUGCUUAGUGUGUGAAAAACAAUUCACUUUCAACUCACAACUUAACUUGCAUAAAAGAAUUCACACUGGGGAGAAGCCCUAUAAAUGUUUAGAGUGCGGGAAGACCUUUGCUUGGAGCACAAGCCUUAAGCAGCAUCAAAAAAUUCACACUGGGGAGAAGCCCUAUAAAUGCUUAGACUGUGGGAAGAACUUUGCUCGGAGCUCAAACAUUAAAGAGCAUCAACGAAUUCACACUGAGGAGAAGCCCUAUAAAUGCUUUGAGUGCAGGAAGAACUUUGCUCAGAGAACACAGCUUAAGCAACAUCAAAGAAUUCACACUGGGGAGAAGCCCUAUAAAUGCUUAGAGUGCGUGAAGACCUUUGCUCAGAGCACACACCUUAAGCGGCACCAAGUAAUUCACACUGGAGAGAAGCCCUAUAAAUGCUUAGAAUGCGGGAAGACCUUUGCUCGGGGCACACAUCUUAAACAACAUCAAGGAAUUCACCCUGGGGAGGAGCCCUAUAAAUGCUUAGAAUGCGAGAAGAGCUUUGCUCGGAGCACACACUUUAAGCUGCAUCAAAGAAUUCACACUGGGGAGAAGCCCUAUAAAUGCAUAGAGUGUGGGAAGACCUUUGCAUACAGCAGCAGCUUUAAGCUGCAUCAAGGAAUUCACACUGGGGAGAAGCCCUAUACAUGCUUAGAAUGUGGGAAGAGCUUUGUUCUGAGCUCACACCUUAAGCAGCAUCAAAGAAUUCACACUGGGGAGAAGCCCUAUAAAUGCUUAGAAUGUGGCAAGAGCUUUUCCUACAGCACACACCUUAAGAAGCAUCAAGGAAUUCACAGUGGGGAGAAGCCCUGUAAAUGCUUAGAAUGUGGGAAGAGCUUUGCUCACAGCAGCACUCUUAAGCUGCAUCAAAGAAUUCACACUGGGGAGAAGCCCUAUAAAUGCUUAGAAUGCGGAAAGAGCUUUGCUCACAGCAAGAGGUCAAGUAGGUUGCAUCAAAGAAUUCACACUGGGGAGAAGCCUUAUAAAUGCUUUGAGUGUGGCAAGAGCUUUUCUUGCUGCACGUAUCUUAAGCGGCAUCAGAGAAUUCACACCGGGGAGAAGCCCUAUAAGUGCUUACAGUGCGGGAAAAGCUUUGCUCACAGCCCAAGCCUUAAGCUGCAUCAAAGAAUUCACAGUGGGGAGAAGCCUUAUAAAUGCUUAGAGUGCAGACAGAGCUUUGCUCGGAGCACAUACCUUAAGCAGCAUCAAAGCAUUCACACUGGCGAGAAGCCUUAUAAAUGCUUAGAGUGCGGAGAGAGCUUUGCUCGGAGCACAAGCCUUAAGUAUCAUCAAAGAAUACACACUGGGGAGAAGCCCUAUAAAUGCUUAGAGUGCGGGAAAAGCUUUUUUCACAGCCCAAGCCUUAAGCGGCAUCAAAGCAUUCACACUGGGGAGAAGCCCUAUAAAUGCUUUGAGUGCGGGAAAAGCUUUGCUCACAGCCCAAGCCUUAAGCUGCAUCAAAGCAUUCACACUGGGGAGAAGCCAUAUAAAUGCUUAGAGUGCGGGAAAAGCUUUGCUCACAGCCCAAGCCUUAAGCUGCAUCAAAGCAUUCACACUGGGGAGAAGCCCUAUAAAUGCUUUGAGUGUGACAAGAGCUUUGCUUGCCACACGCACCUUAAGCAGCAUCAAAGAAUUCACACUGGGGAGAAGCCCUAUAAAUGCUUAGAGUGCGGGAAAAGCUUUGCUCACAGCCCAAGCCUUAAGCUGCAUCAAAGCAUUCACACUGGGGAGAAGCCCUAUAAAUGCUUUGAGUGUAGCAAGAGCUUUGCUUGCCGCACACACCUUAAGGAGCAUCAAGGAAUUCACACUGGGGAGAAGCCCUAUAAAUGCUUAGAUUGCAGGAAGAGCUUUGUUUACAACUCAAACCUUAAGCGGCAUCAAAGAAUUCACACUGGGGAGAAGCCUUAUAAAUGCUUUGAGUGUGGCAAGAGCUUUUCUUGCCGCACGCACCUUAAGCAGCAUCAAGUAAUUCACACUGGGGAGAAGCCCUAUAAAUGCUUAGAGUGCAGAAAGAGCUUUGCUCAGAGCAUAAGCCUUAAGCGGCAUCAAAGAAUUCACACUGGGGAGAAGCCCUAUAAAUGCUUAGAGUGCGGGAAGACCUUUGCUCAGAGCACACACCUUAAGCAGCAUCAAGGAAUUCACACUGGGGAGAAGUCCUAUAAAUGCUUAGAGUGUGGAGAGAGCUUUACUCAGAGCUCAAACCUUAAGCGGCAUCAAGGAAUUCACACUGGGGAGAAGCCCUAUAAAUGCUUAGAGUGCGGAAAGAGCUUUGCUCAGAGCACAGACCUUAAGCGACAUCAAAGAAUUCACACUGGGGAGAAGCCCUAUAAAUGCUUAGAGUGCGGAUUGAGCUUUGCUCACAUCUCAAGCCUUAAGCAGCAUCAAAGAAUUCACACUGGGGAGAAGACUUACAAAUGCUUUGAGUGUGGCAAGAGCUUUUCUUGCCGCACGCACCUUAAGCAGCAUCAAAGAAUUCACACUGGGGAGAAGCCCUAUGAAUGCUUAGAGUGCAGAAAGAGCUUUGCUCAGAGCACACACCUUAAGCUGCAUCAAAGAAUUCACACUGGGGAGAAGCCCUAUAAAUGCUUAGAGUGUGGGAAGACCUUUGCUCGGAGCACACACCUUAAGCAGCAUCAAAGAACUCACACUGGGGAGAAGCCCUAUAAAUGCUUAAAGUGCAGACAGAGCUUUACUCAGAGCUCAAACCUUAAGCGGCAUCAAGGAAUUCACACUGGGAAGAAGCCCUAUAAAUGAUUAGUGUGCAGAAAGAGCUUAGCUUGCAGCUCAAGCCUUAAGCUGCAUCAAAGAACUCACACUGGGGAGAAGCCCUAUAAAUGCUUAGAGUGCAGACAGAGCUUUGCUCAAAGCUCAACCCUUAAGCUGCAUCAAGGAAUUCACACUGGGGAGAAGCCCUAUAAAAGCUUAGUGUAGCAUUUAUAGCAUAGAUGUGGAAGAACUUUAAUGCUUUAUGUAUGUAUGCUCUGUGUUUUAGAAUUUUGUAUACUCGUUUUUAUCUUAAUUUUU